UCUCUCUCUCACCCUCCCUCUCUGAUUGGCUGCCGGUGGACACCCGGAGGAGCAGGUAGGUAUCUCUCUCUCCUCUCCUCUCCUCUCCUCUCCUCGGUGCUGAAGUCGCUGCUGGUCGUGUGAUAGAUAAUGUAAACGGCGAUGAGGCCAACCGGAGCGUCAGCCAGUAAACACCAAAAUGGACGAUGAUCUGUUCCAACUGAGACAGCUGCCUGUCGUCCGCUUCCGUCGCACAGGUGAGAGCACACGCUCUGAGGAGGAUGGCGAGAAUAGAGAGCAGGUCGUCAAGAUUGCAGAACAGACUGAUCUGGAGUCUGUGGCGCUUGCAGACGGAGCACCGGUUCCUCGGGAGUUUGCCAAUCCGACUGAUGACACAUUCAUGGUAGAAGAUGCCGUGGAGGCCAUCGGCUUUGGGACGUUUCAGUGGAAACUCUCCAUUCUCACUGGUCUGGCCUGGAUGGCUGAUGCUAUGGAGAUGAUGAUCCUCAGCAUCUUAGCUCCUCAGCUCCACUGUGAAUGGAGGCUGCCCAGCCUCGAGGUGGCCCUGCUUACAUCGGCAGUGUUUAUUGGGAUGAUGAUCAGCUCAUCUCUUUGGGGAAAUAUAUCGGACAGAUACGGCAGAAAGACAGGUCUCAAGAUGAGCGUGAUGUGGACCAUGUUCUAUGGCCUGCUGAGUGCAUUUGCACCUCUUUAUGGCUGGAUCCUCGUCCUCCGCGCGCUGGUGGGCUUUGGCAUCGGAGGAGCCCCGCAGUCGGUGACACUGUAUGCUGAGUUUCUGCCUAUGAAGUCCAGAGCUACAUGCAUCUUGCUGAUUGAGAUAUUUUGGGCACUGGGCACCGUGUUUGAGGUCCUGCUAGCGAUCCUGGUGAUGCCCACUCUGGGCUGGCGUUGGCUGCUUGGCCUUUCCACCAUUCCUCUCUUCAUCUUCUCUAUCCUGUGUUUUUGGCUACCAGAGAGCGCUCGAUACGACGUGCUGACAGGGAACCAGGAGAAAGCUCUGGCCACAUUGAAGCGCAUCGCCACAGAGAACGGAGCACCCAUGCCACUUGGGAAACUUAUCGCUGCCAGACAAGAAGAGCGUGGAAAGAUCCGAGACUUAUUUUCAUCAGACUUUCGCUGGACCACAGUUCUGCUGUGGUUUAUUUGGUUUGCGAAUGCCUUCUCCUACUACGGGCUGGUGCUGCUCACCACAGAGCUGUUUCAGGAGGGAGGUGCAUGUGGAAUGUCCAAAGGUAGUCAGAGGGAGCUCCGAUGCAACUUGGAGUGUAAAUAUCUGAACUCUGACGACUACAAAGACCUGUUGUGGACCACCUUGUCUGAAUUCCCAGGACUGCUGGUGACACUGUGGGCUAUCGAUCGACUGGGAAGGAGGAAGACCAUGGCACUCUGUUUCUUCGUCUUCUCCAUGUGCAUCAUUCCACUCUAUGGCUGUGUUGGGAGAGCAUCCAUGACGGUGUUGAUAUUCAUCGCCAGAGCGUUCAUCGCAGGAGGAUUCCAGGCUGCUUAUGUGUACACUCCAGAGGUGUAUCCGACAGCGACCAGGGCGUUGGGUCUGGGAACGAGCAGUGGCAUGGCCAGAGUCGGUGCCCUCAUUACACCUUUUGUUGCACAGGUGAUGUUGGAGUCCUCUGUGUACCUGGCUCUUUCCGUGUACUGCUGCUGCUGUCUACUCGCUGCCAUCGCCUCUUGUGCUCUGCCAAUUGAGACAACAGGCCGGGGCCUGCAGGAGUCCAGCCAACGCGAGUGGGGCCAGGAGAUGGUGGGCCGGGCCUCCUCCCAAAGCUCAGGGGGUAACCCUCCCUCCGGCUCCGGCUCCAGCUCCCAGGGCUGAGGACAUGUCGGCUGGAGUACAUCUGUGACCACAGUGAGGAAAAGAGGCAAGGAGAGGAAAAAAAAGCUGGGAAAAGCAGCUUUCGGUGUCCAUCUCCAGUCCCAUCCUACGACUCUUCAGUUUAGGCACCACAGUGGCUUCAGAGAGCCAGGCAGCACAAUAUUAUUUAUCAUAUUACGUAGUCUUCAACCACCAUCGCUGUCACUAUUUUGCCACUGAAAAACUGCACACGGGGUGACUGGAAAGACCAAAUGACCUACGCGAGUGCAAGAUUGAUAAAAUAAUUGGUGGACGACACGUGAAACAUUCUUGGACAAGUGAGGAUUCAAAAACUUCAAGCAAAGUGUUUGAAUCCUUCUUUUCUAAUGAGAAGCAAAGGAGAAUAAAGAGGAUAAAAGUGUAAGAGCCUUAAAGCUACCUUGUGUUUGAGAGGCUUCUCUCAACCCUUUGAAAAAGCUGUGUAUAAGAGUGCGGGACUUAAAUGUGUAGAUAAGAAAGAGCACCAUCUUGUGCACACAAAUUGUCUGUUAGAAUACACAAGCUUUAUAAAAUGUGCAUCGCUGGAGAGAGGAACAGUUCAACAUCAUCAAAUCAACUGACCAUUAGAUUAAAUAAAGUCUGGGGCUUAAGAUUCACUUCUGUCAAGGAAAGGACCUACUGCCCACAGUAAGUUACUGUGUUAAACCAAACCCUGUGUUAAAUAUGUUCUUUUCUUUUGUGUUAGUUUUAUUUCACACAUUUUGUUCAUAACAACCUGACAAAUCUGCCAAUGCCUUCAUCAGAGCAUAAUGACACCAGUGACAUCAUUCAGUCGACGAUAUUUCAUGAUUAUAGCACAACUGGAACGAGUCCACAGAUCCUGGGCUGCAUUUGAAGACAGCAUUAUGUAAGUUAACAUUGAAGUAUUAGGAAAUCUGAGUAUUUUCAUCACCCAAAGUAGACUCAACCUAGUUAACAUAAGUAUCUGGUGUAAGGGUCUAUAAAUGCUGCGUCUCUCGCUCUACUCAGACUUUGAGGCUGUGCACACAUUAGACCUACACAUUCAUUUAGCAGGAUGUUACAUUCUGUCUUUCUGUAAAUAAUGUAUCAAUACCUGGUUUAGUUGUCGUCUUUGCUUUUGUUUGUAACAAAGGUGAUGUGGAGACGGACUUUGCCCGGUCUGAGUGACACACUGAGCAAAGUUUGGUUAAAAAAAAAAAGAGAAAGAUUAACUAGUUCAGGUCCAACAAGCCAACUUCUUUACCUGCCAGUGUUUGAGAUAUAGUGCUGAAUUAAGUGUCUGU